AUGGGCAUGUCCGCUUUGUACGAGCUCGAGUCCACAAAGGUGCAACAAGAAUGGGAAAUCCUCACUAAGGAAGUUGGCUUUGACUUGAAAUCACAUGCAGUGAGCAGCGUUGAACUGUUACAACAUAAAGAGAGAAGCUGUCAUUUUUACGUCUUGAGAACAUUAGAGGAUAGAUAUUGCAGUCGUUUGCUACAGGAAAUGAUUGCGAGAUGUAUAGAUAAAAAAGAACUAAGCACAUCUGAAUACUCUAUCUGCGCCGUUUGUUCCACUCCCGUCCUGACGCGUUCACUAUUCAGACAUUUUUCCACGGGAGAGCACAGGAAGAUGAAUGUGCACGAUGGAUUGUCAGAAUUCCGGGAGGUUCCUGAAAUUGCUGAAUCUCCCACUGUAACGGCUGUAAAUUUUCCAUAUUUAUCACUUCGAUAUUCCAAAGUAUUCAAAAUCAAGGAACUGGGAGAUGCUGAUUCUAUGACCCUUUUGAAAUGGCGUUGUUGUCUUGCUAGCGAGAUUGCAGGGCAUGUGGAUGACGUCUUGGAGUUUCCGACUACUCAUCUCAAUUUCUGGACCAUAUUGUCUGCCAUGGAUACAUUGACACUGGGAUCACGUUUGUCUAGAAAAGUGGGACAUCUUGAUCAUGUCGAAAGUCUAAUCCCGAAUAAAAUUCUUGGUUCGGUAGGAGAAGAAGCGCUUUCUUCUAUUAUUACAAAAACGAAACCCAGAACAUCUCAAGAAGAUAGCAACGUCAUCUACACUACUCCACGAUCUAGCACUGAAGCUUCAGCGUCAAGGUUGAGGAUUAACAAGAAUCCCGAUGGGCCAAUCUUCCAGGUGUCUGAUUUUGGUUUGAAGGCAGAUCUAUUCAAGGCCGUUCCAGAGAUGAUUGCAGCUUUAUGA